GAGUACGAAGAAUAAACGCGAAAGUGGGGAUUAAUUAGAACCCCGAACGAAGGAAGGGGUUGAAACUGCGACGUUACCCCCCGAAACAAUCUCUGAAGAGUCGCCGGGGAGCCGUGGUGGGGAUGGAAAGGAAGGAUUCGGGCAAAAAGACGGAUUCUAAUUCGCAACGAGCCAUCGAGCAGGUAAUGGGAAGGGGUAAUAUUUAAAAACGCGUGUGAAUGGGGGACGCCUGCGGCCGUGCCUCCGAUUGGAUAGGCGGAAAGGACGAAUGGAGAGGGUAGCUGCCCCAUCGGCACCGUCUACAAAUAAACCCCGCUACCACGUUGGGACAUUUAGUAUCGCCAGUCGACCUCGAGCAUCCGCACGGUACUCGAGACCAAAAUCGGGUCGAAGAGCACGCGUUUACACGGAUUUUCCUCGGUUAUUGUUAAGUGCAAGUCUCGUUUGCGCGACGAGGCCGUCGCUGUUUAUCGGAUAUCGUAUCAGUGACACUUGUGCAAGGACCAUCGAAGCCACCACGACUCGUAGGACGUCUUCCACGGUGCUCGAACGAAGCUGGAAAUUUCCAAUUCGAGAGCAACAAGAUGCGAGGAAAUUGGGACACGGCAGAAGCUCUGGUGCACAUGCCGAGCCAGCAACGACAGGAUCAGGAACAGACCAUCGUCGAGGAGCAACGCCAUUCCAUUCAUUCGCUAACCACGCCCGCUUGGAGUAUCGCCGAUAGAAUCGUGAAGAACGAGCCAUCCGAGGACAAAAACAACGACUCAGGCGUGUCGCCUGAUCACUACACCAGCAACUCCGCCUCGCCCAGAAGCAGGCGAUCCUCAACCACAGCAAACUGCAGCCUGUCACCCGGAAGCGCGACUUCGCAGGAGUCCGGCGCCAUGCAGUGCAGCACCUACGACUACGGUUCACAGCAGCUGUUCAAGAACUGCGGCGGUUCGCCGCUCGAGUUCUCCAUGGACGUUCACCACGCGGAGCAGGCGAUGAACGUGGUUUCCAGCACGGUGAAACCGUCAAACGAAGACGCUGACAUCAGCCAAGACGUCUUGCAGUGCCCGAUCUGCGCGUUCACAGCUUUGAACAGGCUAACCUUCACGGAGCACCUAGCCACGCACUGCACGAUGCAGAGUCAGCCGUCAGACUUCGCAAAGACGGUGCUAGGUCAGCUGACGCCGUCGGGCUCCAUCCAAGACGAGAGUCGCUCAUCACCCACGCAAGGCGAGCGUUCUGAACACGAGUCCGAGGAGGCAGACGAACCAGGGCUCCGGGUGCCCCGCGUGAACUCGCAGGGCAAGGUAAAAACGUUCAGGUGCAAACAGUGCAACUUCGUGGCGAUCACGAAGCUCGAGUUCUGGGAGCACAGCCGCGGCCACAUCAAGGCCGAGAAACUCCUGACGUGCCCCAAGUGUCCCUUCGUCACGGAGUACAAACACCACUUGGAGUACCACCUGAGGAACCACUUCGGUUCGAAACCGUUCAAAUGCGACAAGUGCUCGUACUCGUGCGUGAACAAGUCGAUGCUGAACAGCCACCUCAAGUCCCACUCGAACGUCUACCAGUACAGGUGCGCGAAUUGUUCGUACGCGACAAAGUACUGUCACUCGCUCAAGCUCCACCUGCGGAAGUACUCGCAUCAGCCAGCGAUGGUGCUGAACGCAGACGGCUCUCCUAACCCGUUGCCCAUCAUCGACAUCUACGGGACGAGACGCGGCCCCAAGCAGAAGUCCUAUGCCAAAUCCCAGGAGGACUCUGCCCCGAACAGCACCGUGGUGACGACUACCACCAACGCCGUCCAGGCGCCUCUGUCCUCGCCUCAGAUCGCGGCGCAGCCUCAAAUAUCCCCUGUGAGCCACCUCCUUCCCAGUCCUCUCAAUGGCAUCAACAUAGUUCCCCAAUCUCCCUCCAUAAUGUCCUUUCCGUACGGUCAGCUGUUCGCUGACUUCCCUCUGGCUACGUCGCACUUCUCCACGUCCGACGUCGCCGCGUUCAAGGCCAGCGUACUGAUGGACUACGCGAAGACGAUAGACGGCGAGAUGUUGCAGGAUCUGGCUGCGAGGCGCUUCAGCGCAUCCAAUGGAUCACCCGAAGAGGUCCCAAAGCCGAUCCCGUCGACGUUGUCCCUGCACGAUCAGUGUUCAGACGAGGCGCCAAUACCUCUGGACCUCAGCAAGCCAGACCCUGUGAAUCUGGCGCAGCGGACGGCGACGAACUCGCCCAAGACGACGGGGACCAGCAGGCGCAAAGGCAGAGCUGUAAAGCUAGAGCGUCGAGUUAUCGAGGAAGACACCGACGACGAGCUCCAGCAAUACCAGAAGGAGCCAGUGAACUUGGAGGUUCCUGUAGCCAGCAGGUCAGCCUCCCUGGAACCCAAAGACAAUAACGAAAGCGGGUUGACCGUUGGCGCCGAAUUCACGUGCCAGUACUGCGAGAUAGCCUUCGGUAACGUGGUGAUGUACACCGUCCACAUGGGGUACCAUGGUUAUAACGAUCCCUACACGUGCAACAUGUGCGGGCACCAGUGCACAGACAAAGUGUCCUUCUUCUUGCAUAUCGCCCGGUCCAAGCAUUCGUGAUUCGAACGACGCGAAUGUUUAAUCAUUCUUGAAAUCGGAGUCCUCGUGGCUCUCAAUGACUGAUCAAAUGUGUCAGCGUGAUUAGUAUAAGUAUUAGAGUAAGAUGUUAGCUCGUCCCGUAAGUUCGUGCCGAAGACUGUAUCGAUAUUUAAUGGCUAUAUCAGAAUAGUGACAAAAUAUUGUAGCAGAAGUGCAAGUGGCGCGAACUUUUAGGACGACCUAAUAGAUCCGUCGCGUUUUAGGAUAAUUAAUAGUAACUCAAAAGUAUCGACGAGCGACGUCGAUGAAAUUCCAGAGGACUUGCGCGCGAAGGUCCUCGAGUGUAAGUUUGACUGGUUAACGGAGGUUGUGUACAGCGAUAGAGUUUAAAUUAGUAUGGUACGAGAUAUUUAUCGUUGAAGUUAUGGCUGUUAUUCGCGUGCUAAGAUUUAGCACAGGUUUAGAACUAGUCCUUAGGUUAGUGGCUCGAGUGUGAUGAGUGGUCGAGAUGAGACCAGGAGAUUUAGAGUGUUGACUAGCUAUUCUUUAGCUAAUUGUUAUUUGAUACCGUUUGAAGUAAACGUGACGAUAGAGACAUUACAAAGACUGACAUUGUACAGAGCUCGACGAGUUGAAUAAGAGUCCCGAAGAAGUGCCUUGACCAUGGAUAACUGGUAGAGAUGAAAUCGUUUGUAGACUGUUGUCGAACUGAAUUUAAGGGCCUUAUUCAACUCGCCGAGCAUACGUAAGACUAAUUGACGAUUACACAGACACUGGACAUAAUUGUAAAAGAAGAGAAGACGAUAGUAUUGCAAUUUUAACGAUUUUAUUUCGAUCGAUACGUACUUUAAAACGAUAGCUUUCAUACAAACAUUAAAAACAUGUAAAUAUAAAACACUCUGAGCACGUAAUAAAAGCCUUAUUCUUAAAAUUAAAUAUUUUCUCUGUAUAAUUUAUUCGUAACAAAGUACUAGCUGUACGUUAUUACAUAAAUAUCCCAGUUUGUAAAUGUAUUAUAAGUAUUGUUUAAAUUCAGUAUUAUUUAUAAACUCCCCAUGGAGUUUUAUGGAUAAACUCUAAUGGCCUCUGGUAUAAGCUUUUUCGAGGCUGGUCCUUGGAGUUCUUGUACCAGAUCGUUGACUGACUUAUCGUCCUUUGUAUUAGAGAUAAUCUCUGGUACGAUAAGUUCUGGUCUUACCUAUUACCUCGCACUCUUGACAUAAAGUUCUGCUAAUAUUUUAGCAGAUAAACCAAAACGCCACCACUGCCAAAACUUAAACGUUAAAUAUAGCGUGAACUACUAACUGUCUGCCCGCAAAACCAGGGUCGCUGGUUUCAGACCAUCGAGCUCUAUCGCUGUACAAAAUCUCACCGGUUAAACGCAUUUAUAUCUAGACAAUUGCCAUUGUUAAGGCUCCUCGAAUCUAUCGUAGAGGAAAGAUAGAUUAUUCGAAUUGACAAGGAACGUUUUUAUGAACAUUCCUAGUGUUGUACCUUAAAUACCUCGGAACAUAUGUACAAAUUACUAGAUAAGUCUAUACAUAAACGAGUACUAUUUAUAUAGAUUAUAUUAUAUUUUCGUAAAGACAUCUUUUGUGAAUCUCAGUCAAACAGACACAUAAGCAGGUUUACUGGAACGAGAAUCAAAAUAGCGUCGACCAAAGAGAAUUCACGAGCAGGCUUGACAGUUGAGUAAAAUGUCUUUCAGAGCUUUUCGUAUUUUUCCAUUGUUUUUUUUUUAUUUUAUAGAAUUUUCUAUAUAUGUACAUAUAUAAAUAUUUAGAUUAUAUGAUGGCAAAGAACAAUCAUUUUACUCAGUUUCAAGCAUCUACAGGAGAAAUACAUGUCAGUGGUCCUUAGCCUUCUUGUUGAAAGAUCAUUUUAGAUCAACAAGAAUGUUUCAUGUAUAUAGUCCAAAUAUUAUUUUCAUAAGUACAGAAAAUCACAUUAAAAUUGCGUGAUGUGCUCGUAAAGGAAUUAAUUUUAGAACGUGGACCACAGAGGAUUAACGAGAAUUCAAUAUUUUCAGUUUUUAAAUCCGAAACCAUGUUCAGAAUUUGCUAAAAAAAAUAAUGUAUCGUAUGUUUAUACAUUUAUUAAACUCAAGCAUCGGUUUAUAGAGACGCAAAUAUUUUUCGAGAUAUGUACAUAGGAACUGUAAAAAGCUAUACAGAGCCAUGUAUAUUAUUUACAAAGUAGAUUAACAUCUAAGUAAAGAUGCAGCAGAAGAUUGUUUCGAAUGUGGAAACUGAAAACAUUUUAUUUUCGUCGUAAAAUCUAAUCGUCCAAGUAACUCGACAUGCUUAAAGAAUAAGUAAACGGUACGAGAUUAACGAAUUUAUAAUGCAAACGGUGCAGAGGAAAGAAAACAAUUGGUCUGGUGAGAAGUACAUCGUUUAAAAGUUCACGAUAAGGAACAUUCUACAAAAAUUGACACGUAAAAUGACAUUCUUUAUACAUAACUAUUCUUACCUAGAUUUUAAUGCGUACUAUUGCCUAUAAGGUUUUCCCAUAGCUUUCAUUACUCUGCUAUCGUAAAAAAGAUCAUGAUGAAAUCACAUUUAUGCUUGUCGAGUUACUUCAACUACGAGACUUGUUAAUACUAAUCUAACACGAAACAAAUCUUGUCUUUCGCAACACAUCACGCCAAGGAUCACUGAUAAAGGAUGGUAAAGGGCAACGCGAAGUGUUUAUUUUCUAUUUUGAAUUCUCGUUUCUGGCAAUCGGUGGCGCGAUCUAUCGUUAAAAGAUCAAGGAAGAUCGACGGUCAAUACUUAUAGAUUGUAAGGUGUACUUCAAUCACAUGCUGACAUAUUUAUGACGAAAGAACGAGACUAGGGGACGAGGACGCGAUAAUGAUUAAUAAUUAAUAGUCGAAGAAGAACGAGACGAAGACGGCUAAAGAAAAUUCCUCGAUUCUAGUCAUAAAAACACCGAGUGAAUCGUUGCUAAGUGCGGGUGUCCAUGGUGUGCAAUCUAUCGAUAUCGACCAUGUAAAGAGGAUUUGGCUGUGCGUGUGCAUUUACAACCACCAACUCGGAAUUUCAUCGUCAUUUCGAUGCUCGACGUUUCGUUUCUUCCUUCAUUUUCGAUACAAGUCGCAAGUAACGACUGCUUUCUAACGUUUUUCUCCAAAAUAAGUCGAUUUCCAGCGCGAAGCUUCAACAGGUUCUUAGCUUCCUCGAGUUGACGAUCUUAACGACCAUUCUUUCCAGGAACUUUUCGUUUUUUUUUUAUUCCCCCUGAAUUGAAUUUUAAGUUCAACCAUCGCGAGAACUGUUUUAGGCAACGAUCGCUCGAGUCGUGCUUUUUUUUUCUUUUUAUUUUGCUUUACGUAACCUUUUUUUCAGUUCUUUUUUUUCCAGAACUCGUGUUCGUCGAAACACGUUGACGAGAAGUGACCAGCGCUCGAAGUCGACUGCGAUUCGAUUCGUUCAAAGUUUCCUUUAAGUUCGUUUUAAUCAGAAUAUAACAUUGUUUCUUAUCCACGACGCGGUUGUUUGUAGUUUCUCGAACUGUUUUAAGCAAGGAAACUGUACAGAUUCGUGUACGAGGGGGAAAGACGAAUGUUUAUAAUUAUUUAAAAACGGUAGCGUCGAGAGCAGUGUUCAAUUAUUUUGAUAAUGGAAAAAAUACGUGCAAAAUUGCCUCUAGCUUUUAAUAACAGAGGGUAUAGUCUAUCGAUAAAGGAUCAAUUUAUUUUUGUUUUCUUUCUUUUCUAUUUUCUCGCACACGAAAAAGUGAAGCAAUGUUUGCAUCGACAAUAAAGCGUGCAUAAGACUGAGCAGAAAAAGAAGUCUAAGUGUUUCGUUGGUCUACGUAAAUCGUUUCGUUACUCGUGGCGCAAUACAAAAUUAUUCUCUACUAAAAUUGUUUUCUUUUUCUUUAUUUUCGACGUCCAGAGUACACGUUUUCGUUCUUAAAUGGAUCAAAAUUCAAGAUCAAAGCUUGACCCUUUCUUUUCGUUCGCUGCGAAUACAGAUAUUGCGGACGAGGCGUGAAUCUUCACGUUCGCGCUCGACGAUCAUGUGGAUCGACGAAGAAACAUGGUUCCUAACGUAGCAUAAGUUUAGUUGAGUAACGCAAUGUUUCGACAUUCCUACUAUUACAUAUAUGUAAUCAGAAAAUAUAUAAGUUAUUUAUCUAA